GUGGCUGUACAGUCAGUUGUGCAAGGCGGCGGCCGGCCACGUAGUGGACCCAGGCCCCCAGACCCAAAACAACGAGGUGACUAGGUUAUGUUUCAACUUUCUCCCUGCUGUAGCAGAAGCAGAAGCAGACGGUGCCCAGCCUCCGUGCGCGAAGCAGGGCAAGGAAGCAAAGCACGGUGCCACCAAGUUUGAAGCAUGUCGCAUUGGCCGAAAGACGUGGGCAUCCUUGCCAUCGAAGCUAUCUUCCCGGCGCAGUAUGUGGACCAAGAGCAGUUGGAACAGUUUGACAAUGUGUCGGCGGGCAAGUACACGAAAGGGUUUGGCCAAGCCAAAAUGGGCUUCUGCACGGACCGAGAGGACAUCAACUCGCUGUGCUUGACAGUCACCAACAACCUCCUACGAAGGUACAAGAUUGACAAGUCAACCAUUGGGCGACUUGAAGUUGGGACAGAGACGCUUUUGGACAAAUCAAAAAGUGUCAAGACAGUGCUGAUGCAAUUAUUUGAAGAUGAAGGUUACACUGACUUGGAAGGUAUUGACUCAAAGAACGCUUGCUAUGGUGGGACGGCGGCUCUCUUCAAUUCAAUAAAUUGGGUUGAGUCCAGUGCGUGGGAUGGACGUAAUGCGUUGGUUGUGGCAGGAGACAUUGCUGUGUAUCCAAGGGGUAGUGCUCGCCCCACUGGUGGGGCUGGUGCUAUUGCCAUGUUGAUUGGGCCGAAUGCCCCUUUAGUCCUGGAUAGAGGAGUUCGAGCAAGCCAUAUGCAACACUCUUAUGAUUUUUAUAAACCAAACCCUUUGUCUGAGUACCCGACUGUUGACGGACAACUUUCUGUUAGAUGCUAUCUAUCUGCAUUGGAUAAAUGCUACCAACGAUACUGUGCCAAGGCUGAGAAAGCUUUUGGUAUUAAACAGAUGAGUUUGGACCAAUUAGAUGCUGUUCUAUUUCACUCUCCUUUCUGUAAACUAGUGAGGAAAUCACUAGCUAGAUUGGUUUUAAACGACUUUGCCCGGCUUCCUCUUGACACUGCUCUUAGCAAGUACCCACCUCUUUCUAAGUUUGCUGGUGUCAAACUAGAAGAAACUUACUCGGAUCGUGAGGUAGAAAAAGCUUCCAUUGAUAGUAGUGAAGAAGUGUUUCAAGCAAAGACUGCAAAAUCUCUAAGAAUAUCAAAUCAAGUUGGCAACAUGUAUACACCUUCUCUCUAUGGAGGCCUCAUCUCACAUCUCAUCAGUCGCUCUCCAUCAGAACUGGCAGGAACACGCAUUGCUCUGUUCUCUUUUGGUUCUGGCCUCUCCUCCUCAAUGUUCUCCAUCAAAUUUUCUUCGGAUGGUUCAGCUGGAUCCCCUCUCCACCGACUAUGCAGUCAGCUUGGGUUCAUCAAUCCAAUGUUGGAGAGGAGAAAUCGAAUUUCACCUGAAGACUAUACUAAGGUGUUGGCGGACCGCGAGCGGGACCACAAGCUGGCGCCGUACACCCCGACGGCCUCCAUUGACGCACUUCUCCCCGGGACGUACUACCUCACGCACGUGGACGAAAUGUUCCGCCGCACUUACGCCGUCGUACCUUCAUAGCAUCGAUCAUAUCGCCAGCGUUAAAUUAAUUUUUUUCUUCCUCUAUUUAUUGUCUUUUUUCUUCUUGUUGUUCGUGACGAGCUGCACGCGGCCACGUGUGUACGAUAAUAUUGGCGGAAAAGAAAUCCAUCUCUUUUGGAGGUUUUUAACUCAGUUAUCAUUAUUUUAUUGUUAUUACUGUUGUUUGUUUACUAUCGUUAGUUUUUUCACCCUCUUUGCAAUAAUUAUUGUAUCCCAAUAGUUUUUGUUGUUGUUUAUUUUUUUUGGCGAUCGAACAAAGUUAAUUAUAAAUAGCACGACAGCGAUCUGUAAUGAGCCCCUCUGUUGUAUGGCUGAAAUAAAAUGCUCAAGCUCUCUGGAGUGUAAUUUUAGUGAUCGUUGGCGCUCGCGCGGUGAGGGUGGGUUCGGGAGUUUAUACCGAAGUGUAUGUUACGUCAUGUUUCCCAUGAAAUAAAGUCUACGUUUUGUUUGAA